GGUGACAACGGCCAGCACCAUGUCAGAAAAGCCAGGGAUGGCGGGCAAAGAGGUGUUCUGGAGGCCCGCCUUAUAAAGCUUGCAUCAGCCGUUGCUUGCCCAAGCUAGGCUUUCCAGAAUAUUCCUCCAGUCUCCUCUCCUUCCCCUGUCAUUGCUGAAGACGGCACAGAACCACCCCAUGCUGGUGGAGCUGAAGAACGGGGAAACAUACAACGGGCACCUGGUGAGCUGUGAUAACUGGAUGAACAUCAACCUGCGCGAGGUCAUCUGCACAUCCAGGGACGGGGACAAGUUCUGGCGGAUGCCGGAGUGCUACAUCCGCGGCAGCACCAUCAAGUACCUGCGCAUCCCCGAUGAGAUCAUCGACAUGGUCAAGGAGGAGGUGCUGGCCAAGGGCCGCGGGCGCGGCGGCCUGCAGCAGCAGAAGCAGCAGAAGGGCCGCGGCAUGGGCGGCGCGGGCCGAGGUGUGUUUGGCGGCCGGGGCCGAGGUGGCAUCCCUGGCACAGGCCGAGGGCAGCCCGAGAAGAAGCCAGGCCGGCAGGCGGGCAAGCAGUGAGAGCCCCCCACGGGUAUCCCCAGAGACUGAGUGUUCCCCCAGCCCCCCGCCCUCCUGGUGGCCCCAGGACUGCUGGGAGGGGAAGGAGGGGGCGCCGCGGAACCCCUCACACCGGAAGCCUGCUGGGUGUUUACUGUUCUGCGAAGGCCUCGCUCCCCCAGGGCCAAGGCCGAAGCUGACGCGGGCUCCCUGCCCUCCCUGGCCUUGCGGCGCGCACACAGUGGGGGUCUGCAUUUCCCGGGGUGCGUGAGGCCCCUCACACAGCCAAGCCUGGACAGCAGCCUAACCGGUGUCAGGGUCGCUAAACCCCAACCCCUCCCCGUGAUGACUGCGGCGGCGGCAGCUUGAGCCCCCUGCCACCAGGCCUGGCCAGCUCCCUGCCCACCUCCUCCUCCUCCUGUUACAAGAAUAAACCUAUAGACCCACCU